CAUGUGAUUUUAGCGCAAACUUCCCAUAAGCUAAUCGUGGUUAGCUUGUUUAUGCUACAUUUACUGUUUUUAUAUUUAUUUCACCUGGUUUAUCAGUAAUUAUGGAAGCCACCCUGGAGCAGCACCUCGACGACACGAUGAAAAAUCCAGCUAUAGUUGGUGUUUUGUGUACAGAUGCACAAGGACAUAAUCUCGGCUGUCGUGGAUCUUUGUCUGAUGAGCAUGGUGGAGUCGUGUCUGUUCUGGCCAAACAAGCUGCUUCUCUAACUAAAGACCCUACAGACUUGCCAACUGUAUGCCUUGAAUGUGACUCCGGAAAUGUGCUGGUGAAAACACAUGGAACCAUCACAGUAGCUGUGCACAAGAUGGUGUCAUGAACCUGGGUUUGGAUCUGUGUUUCGUACUUGCCAGGUCUUAAAGCUGUUAAUGGUGAACUGUAACUUUGUACAUCACAACCCAUUACAUUUGGUUUGCAGGAGGUCCAUAUGCUUCAAUAUUGACUAAAUGUUAUAUUUUCAUUUGCUUUUAAUAUUAUUUGAAGAAGGUCACUGAAUUGCACAUGUGAAUACUAACAUUUGUUAUUAUUGUAAAAUUAAACAUCUAAUGUUUGUUUAAAUCAAUAAAUUUGGUUAAUUAGUGAA